CUCCGCCAUUCAAUCAUGUCACUGGUUGCAUCAUGGCCUGGUUUGGCAACUUGAACGCCCAGAAGCGGUAAAGACUGUAAAAAGUUCUGAACACUGCCCAGUCCAUCACCGGCUCUGACCUCCCCACCAUCGAAGGGGUUUAAAGAUAACGGAGUCAAGAGAUAUGGGGAGAAGGCAGGAACGGGGUACUGAUUGUGGAUGAUCAGCCAUGAUCACAGUAAAUGGCAGUGCUGACUCGAAGGGCCGAAUGGCCUACUCUUGCACCUAUUGUCUAUUAUCGGAAUCGCUGCCUCAAAAAGGCAGCCAGCAUCAUCAGAGACCCACACCAACCUGACCACACAGUCAUUUCACCCCUGCCAUCGGGAAGAAGAUAUCAACAGACAAGAUAAUCUGCGUACCUGUGCCAGAAGGCUUCCUAAUGGCCACCAUGCAAUGGAAUCAAAGUGCUCUUAAAGGUCGUAAAUUGAAUAGUUUUGAUUCAGGAUUUAAGACUGAUCUAGACCGUGAACAGUACAAUCUAAUGGAUCAGUAUUGUUACGACAAUGCAAUUCAAUGGUAUUCCAAGUAUUUCCCUUACAUAGCUAUCAUCCACACACUGAUAUUUUUGAUAAGCAGUAACUUCUGGUUCAAAUUUCCAGGAACAAGUUCCAAAAUUGAACAUUUCAUAUCAAUCCUCGGAAAGUGUUUAGAUUCCCAAUGGACGACCAAGGCACUUUCAGAAACUGUUUACGAGGAUUCUGACCUACAGAUACCACAAAGAACAGUUUUAUCAGGUGAACCGUCUGUCACGUGUUCUUUAAACCUGCAGCAAUCUUCUGAUACAGUCCACUUACUGGGACACAAUGAAAGCAGUAAUGACAGAAUAUGUGCGAAUGAACCACAAGCGUCUUUGUGCAAGCCCCCAUCCAAGACUUUCAAGACGGUUGGGGGCGGUGUUUAUGGUCAUGCGGCCGUGAAAAUCUUGGACAAAAAGGAAGGAGAACAAGCGAAGGCAUUGUUUGAAAAGGUCAAGAAGUUCCGUCUUCACACUGAGGAAGGCCAUAUUCUUUACAUGAUGUACAUAAGGCAAACUAUUUUACGAUCUAUCCAAACAAUUCUCAUUCUGGCCUACUUUGUAACACGGAUUCCUCAAAUGAAGCAUAUUGUCCACUGCGUAGAUCGAAUCCAUAUUACAGGUUUCACAGAAUUUUUCUGCAUCCAUGGCCUUUGGAGGAUAUUCAGGAUGUUGUCCAUCGUGUAUGUUGUGGUCAUAUUCAUUUACUGCAUAACAUGCAUCUACACGCUCUACUGGAUCUUUUACUUUAAACUUAAGGAAUAUUCAUUUGCGUAUGUCCGAGAGGAAACUGGGAUUGAUGACAUUCCAGAUGUGAAAAACGACUUUGCGUUUUUACUGCAUCUUAUUGACCAAUAUGACAAAUUGUACGCCAGAAAGUUUGCUGUGUUUCUGUCUGAUGUUAGUGAAAACAAACUCCGUCAACUAAAUUUGAGUUAUGAAUGGACACAUGAAAAGCUUCAGCAACGUAUAACGACUAAUGAAGACAACAAGACUGAAUUACAUCUCUUUAUGCUACCUGGUAUUCCGAAUAGUGUUUAUGAUAUUUAUAACCUGGAAGUAUUAAAGUUAGAAUUUAUUAAAGAUGUCUCAAUUAGCGCAGCCAUCUCACAACAAACUUCGCUCCAAGAACUCUGGGUGUACAACUGUAUAAUAAAAGUGGAAAACCGAGCACUCGCAUUUUUGAAAGACACAAUAACAAUUUUAAGAGUCCGGUUUGCAAAUUCUUAUGAAAUACCACAGUGGAUGUAUUGUCUGAAAAAUCUGCGUGCAUUGUACCUUGAAGGAAAUUUGUUAAUUGACAACAAGUCUUCUAUUGUCCUGCAGUCGCUGUGUGACUUAGAACGGCUUAAAUCUUUGCAUCUAAAAUCAAAUGUCACUAAAAUACCUGCAGCAGUCAUUGAUGUUGCUCAUCGUCUCCAGCACCUCACUAUUGACAAUCAGGGCAAAAAGUUCACCACUCUCAAUGGCGUCAGAAAGAUGUUUUGCCUGUCCGUUCUCAAACUGUACAGCUGUGACCUAGAGCGAAUCCCAAGUGCCAUAUUUAGCCUGAGCAAUCUUCAAGAAAUGGACCUGAAAGACAACAACCUGAGGACCUUGGAAGAACUAGCUAGUUUCCAGCAUCUUCGCAAACUCACCACGCUGAAACUUCACUACAACAAAAUUUCACAGAUUCCUGUGUACAUUGUCAAAGCCAGCUCACUCGAAAUGCUCUAUUUAACUAAAAACAACAUUAGUUUUCUUCCGUCAAAUCUAUUUAAGCUCACUAGACUACGGCACCUAGAUGUUGGCCAUAAUAUUAUUACAAGCAUUCCCACUGAGAUAGAACAACUGGAAGAUCUUCACUACUUCAACAUUGAGAGUAACAAGGUGUCCGAAUUACCCUUAGAAUUGUUUUAUUGUACAAAGCUCAGGGUAUUAAUACUUUCACAUAAUCUAUUGACUUGCAUUCCACCCAAGGUGAAAAACCUGAUACAACUUCGCCAGCUAGACCUGAAAGGCAACAAACUGCAGUAUUUGCCACCUGAACUGGAAAAGUGCCAGUGUUUGAAGAGGGGUCAGUUGAAUGUGGAAGAGGACAUUUUCAACACACUGCCAUAUGAUGUCAGAGAAGAAUUCAUAAACAGAGAGUCCAAGUGAAUUGCAAUAUAUGUGAAUUCUGUGGUUGAAUAAUCUACUUUCUAUGCAUUUUUAAUGUCUGGUGGUAUACUGUUCAAAUAUAUCUGCAUUUUUUAAAUAAUCACCGAAGAUGAUUUUCCAAACUACAACUUAUUUUUUCUUGGUUAUUUAACACAGUGAGAUAUCUCAAGAUUUUUAAAGCUUACAAAAAGGUGCCAGGCUUAGCAGUAGAAAAUGUAGGGGAGAACAAAAGGCCGAAGAAAGUACACUCCUUAUAAACGCAGAGAAGUACCAAUAUAUGCAUUUAAGACACGGUGCCAAAGUGCUUGUCACAGAAUAGGGAGAAGGGAAUUCAAUGGUGGUACAAUUGAGGCUGUAAAAACUGAAGACCUGGUAAAGAUGAGGAAAGUGCAGAAAGAAAUGGAUGGAUUUAUAGUCAGCGAAGUGAUAUUCAUUGGGGAUCGGUGGAAGUUGGCAAGCCAAUUAUGCAUGGAGAAGAAAGUCUUCGGGUAUAAAUUAAAGUUCCAGGUAAAAGAUAAUGUGAUAGUUUUAAUCUAACUGAUUAAUUUUUUUAUGAUUUCUAAUUCAGAAAGGCAGACAAUUCUCAGCAGUUGAAAAAUUGAAAAGGAUUCUAACCAUCAUCGCUCACUCUCAUAUAUAUACCCCUAAUCGACACCUUAUGCUCAAUUCUGUACUUUCAAUUGAAUUUUACCGAUUCAAAUUUACAAUUAAACAACUUAAUAUUUACAUCAAUGGAAGAUGGAAUACGGUUGGCAGAUCAUCUGCAUUAUGUUAUGACGUAUAUAAACAUCAAUAGGAUAACUUUUGCUUUGUUCUCCCUUCCUAUUUUUCUUUCCUUUUCGGUUUUCUCAAGUCUUUUGCUGGGUACAUUUCCCCAAUUCUAGCACUCUAGAGCAAUGACCAUCUUCAAGCUGUCCUAACAUAAGGAAGUGUAUCAUACUGGAGGGCCACAAUGGAAGACACGGCUCUCAUUUCUGAUACUGCUAUUUCUUUGUUUGGCAACAUUGAAAACAACUUUACCUUCUUAGUGUCCUGUUUACUGGAGUUGAGUCAUUCUCAGCAGUCAAGAAAUUGAAAAUGAUUCUAAUCACCAUAGCUCAGUCAAAUAUAUAUACCCCUAAUCGACAUCUUGACCAGGAAUGUACUUCCUUGCUGGCUUUAUCAGUUUCGAUAACUGGAUUUCCAUCCAAGUCUAUUGGGCUUGCAAAUCUUGCAAAUCUUUAAUGUAGUACCGGAUAAGUGAGCUUUUGUUAAUGAACAUUGCUGCACCUGAUUCCAGAAUUACUGAGACUUGCAUCUCAGAGUUGACGAGAAGGAGCGUAUAACUUCUGUGCAAUUAUUGAUCGUGUACAUCAUACAGCCACUUGCUAAUCCUAACUUGGAAUCCAGAGGAUCAAAGUGACUGUCUCUGAUACCAUGAAAAUCCAUGAGAUAUAUUAUGACAGCCAAAAGUUAGCAUUUAAAACUCAUGGUUAACCGCAUUUCUCUGGUUCUGGAGUCACAUGUAGAUCAAGAAAGGACAUAUAUAAGAAUAUGCAGCUUCUUUUUAAAUGACCUAUUUUGACAUUUGACAGGGGUUCCAGCUCGCUAUUGAUCGGUUCCUCUGUAGAUCAUUUGUUAAAGUAUGAACAUAGAACCUGGAUUUUUAUAGUGAGUAAACAUUUCUUUAUAGAGUAAUGGGAAUGUUAGUCCAAGUUACAGAUAAAGGGAAUUGACAGCUUGUUUUCUUCCUUCAUUGCAGCAUAUUACACUAUAUUGUACAACUAAUGGAAUAUUCUCCUUUAUUCCAUGAGCUUGAAUACAAGUGGUUUUAUAAAACAGUUAUAUUUAGCCGUACAAAGCCUUUGGCUAAAACCCAUCUAGGGUAAUGCAUUCAAUGCUGUUCAGCACACAAAAGGCAUGAUAUUUGAAUCUCUGGAUUGUGGCGCGUACACACCAGAAUGAUACCAGAACUUACAUGAUCAAUUCACAGGCAGGUUUGUAUUUGCUUAAUUAAAUGGUAAUCAAAUUGAGAUGUUUUAAACUAUUUAAGGGAGUUGAUGGAGAGAAAAUAUUUCCUUUGGUGGAUGAAUAAAAUAGGGGAUCAGAACCUCAAAUUUAAUGUUGUUAAAAAAACUGCUUCAUUUUCUUAGGCUGUCCCUUAGAUUAGAGGAUGACUUGGUUCCACUCAGUUCUGUGGUACUGAGAUGGCCACUGAGGCCAGUGUGGAGCUGCAGAUCUUUCCACAGACAUGACAGGAGGUACUUGACACAGUGGGGUUGGCCUGGGGUAGGAUUGUAAGGUGCACAAACACCUCUGCUUUACACAAAAAGGUAAUAGAAAUUUGGAACAGUAGGUGGUCAGUUGAACACUUCAUUUGUUUUGAAAUUGACUUUUGUAGCAUCAAUGUGGAAAUAUGAUUUAAAAGGGAGAUCAAACAUUAUUUAAUUGCAUAGCAGAACAGGUUUGGGAAAUUGAGUGCACCUCGUAUCUUCAGAAAGUCAAUAGUGACCAAUGGCCACUCAGCCAUCAAGUGCUCACAAUCGAGAGCUCAUGUACGGUUACUCUAUCAGAAUGCUAACUCUAUUAUGUCCUUCCUUCAUCAACAUUGAUGAGCCAUAUGUUAUAUUUGUGCAAACGAUAUUGCUAAAUAUUUAUAUGAUCAAAAAAUGUAAUUUAAAAAAAAAAUCUUACCGAAGAAAUUGUAAGAAAUUGUUAGAAAUUAUAUAGUGCUUGGUGAAGCCCUUGGACCUAGCAUCUCUAUUUACACAUAUUCCUCAUAUGGAUAAACUACUCAUAAUCUAUUUUUCUUUCUUACUGCUGGAUAUUCUUUAUCCAAAUAUUUAGAAAAAAUCUUCUUUAUUGAACUACCUGUACCUGUUAAACUGCGGUAUAACAUUUUAUGUUGCAUUAGCAUGUAGACAUUUCUGUAAUUUGCUAUUUGUUCUUGAAAUUAUCCCGAGUCCAUGACCACAUGUGUUCAUCAAUUAGGCAAUCAGUGGAAACCUUUUAUUUACCCUUUCAAGAAUUGAGUAAUUUUAUUUUCUAUUUUGUUUUGCUGUAAAUCUUUUCCAUUGCAAAGAAAUCUUACUGAGUUUUAUUUUACCUUUUUUCCUUUCAGUAAUGUAUUGAUCAUUGUAUCACUUUAGAGCAUCUUUGCUCUUGCUUUUCUUAGCUCUUAGCUAAAGUUAAUCACUAAGGAGAGUCACAUCUCUUCUUGUUAUUGACAAUGAUUUGGUUUUGUUUGUAAAAGAUAAGUGUUAUUGAACGAAGCCAAUUUCUUUCGUUUAGAGAACCUUGCCCCAAUUCUGUUCCUCAAUUUUUUGAAGAAUCAUAUCUGUUCUACAUCCAAAUAGACAAGCCUUUUUCAAAUAGACUGAAGGCUGAGGUAAGCAUGCCAAGUGUAGACCCAGUUAAUAAACAACUAUAAUGACAAAAUAGACAACAGCAUUAUUUUAACCUCCGCAAGAGCCAGCAGUUAUUUACCAAACGUGCCAUGUCAAUUUUCAGCCAGUAAUCUUGCAAAUGAUCAAGUGGUUUUCAGCACGAUUAAUGCUGAGUGUGAUUUUACAAAAUAUCAGUUCAUGCCAGAUUGUGGUUCCAAGUUCUGUCUGUGUAAACUGUUCUGUGAAAUGGUGAUACUGCCCUUUCUCAAAUGUGAUUUAAAAAAUGAUCUGAGCAUUCCAGUAUUUGAGCUAAAACAAAAUUGCAAAAUAACAGCUAAUUUCUGGUCUGGUCUCUUAGGAAAACUUAGGAGAGAGAUUUUAUUUGAGUAAAAAUUGCAAUAAAGGAGGUCUAUAAUUCCACAUUCCUAGCUCAGAUGUGUUAAAAUAACCACGCUAAAAGCAGUGAAUAAAUAGUUAUAUAAACUGAUUUAUUGCACUUUUAAAAAGGCCAUGUUGCAGCUUUCUAAAGUUCCCAUUCUGAAAUUUUAAGUGCGGGUCCUUGUUAAUUAUUCUAUUUUCUCUAAUUUAGAGAUUAUUUAGUGAAAUUGCAAUAACAAUACAACAAAAUCUUUAUAUUUCUAUCAUCAAGAAUGGUCAGAUAAUUUUCUUUAAAUGGGACAUUAAAAAAAUUGCAUCCUGGAUGACUGCACUGUUUGUCUUUGGAUAUUCAUUGUGUAAACAAUCAGAAAAUAUUGUUUUAUGAAAAUGAUCAAGAAGGCUCAUAGCUAAUGCUGAAAUCUAUGUUGAAUGUGAAGCAAGAUUCAUUACCCUUCAAAAUUGCAGUAACACAGAACAUAAAAGUCCAAAUUUGCAGAACAGAAUAGAAUAACAUUUUUCUUGACUAUUUCCGUUGUUUAGUGUAUUUUCCAAAAAGGAACAGUUUAUAUUUAGACACUGUUUACUGGAUUUGUUGAGUCUUUUAAUUUAAGAAAAUCAAGAUCUAAUAGACAUACAGAAAAGGACCAACAUGCACUCUUUAUAUGUGGUUCAAUGGAUUCUGGACAUCUUUGAACACUUUUAAGUGUAAAAAUAAAUUCUGCAAGCUUCUCUCAUAUGUUAAUUUUUUUUAAAUUCUGUAGAUAUCCUAAUUAAAUAUGCUUGUCAUUCUUUGUAUCAGUAGUGGCACAGGUACUGUUUUCAAAGAAAUAAACAUUUUGUUUCUGAGGUGCCACAAAAUGGUGUUGUGGCCAUUUGGCUUCUUUUGUGUGUCAUUAAUUAUGACAUUUGUCUUUAAAUUUUAGACUGCCUGUUAUUAUGUGGGUGGGAUUUAUUACGUACUCUAGGGCAUGUUUGGUGCUGAGUUUCAUACACAGAACUUUAGUUUUUAGUUUAGUUUUGGACUUACAUGGGGAAGGUUUACCUUCGACCAUGUGAAGUGUAACCGAAACACGAGGAGUUUUCUAACGUUUAAAGCGAUAUGCUGGAGUUUGACGAAGAUUACAGUGUACGAGUCGGAGAAGAAGGUCGGAUGUAUAUCUUAUUGUCUAUUUGUCUAUUGUCUAUAUCUUCAACAACAAAGAAACUAUAAAUCAAAAGACUGUGUCAUAGAAACAUAGAAAAUAGGUGCAGAAGGAGGCCUUUCAGCCCUUCGGGCCAGCACCGCCAUUCAUUGUGAUCAUGGGUGAUCGUCCCAAAUCAAUAACUCGUGCCUGCCUUCUCCCCAUAUCUAUUGAUUCCACUAGCCCCUAGUCAUGAAGAUUUAUCUCUGAAGAAACUCUGAAGGUCUCACGGAGAGCUCACAUGUGUAUUACGACAUUCUCCUUAACCAUGUAGUCUCCUGUGGCUAGAGAGAGUAAUCUCUUGAACGAUAUAAAAAUCUGCCGCUGCACAAAGUCGAAGGAUACCUCUUUAAGGAGGUGAAAGCCAGUUCCAGAGAGUGGGACAGAAGACUAGGCUCGGAUCUCGAAAGAGGUUUUAGCCAGAAGAUCGGUUCCAGCCUAGGAUCUGAAGACAAUAGAUCUCGGCCAGAGAUGGCCUAGAGGUUCAUCGACAGCGACACGACUUAUCUGAAGACAUUAUCACAAAAUUGUGAGUAGAAAUCGACUAUACUUUGAAUUUUAAGGUCAGAAAACUUUAAUUCUAAACGGCUUCUGUAAGAAGAGCCAGAAAGCUAGCCACCAGCUUGGAAGAUAGCCAAUAAAGUGUUUUUCCAUUGCUGGGAGAAAUUCAGAUGUCCGACCUUGGAUUGAUUUGAAGUCAAGAUAAGGCACAUUCCUUUUCAAAUAACAUCAUUAUUAACCUAGUGAAGGUUGAGGGAUGAUGUCUGGAUAUUCAGUUUGUUAUUGUACCUGAGAAAAGAUGUUUACAUAAAAUUAAAGCAGAAAGAAGAAGACUCUGUUCAUUCAAUUUAAAGACUUGGCAAUCUGCCAAAACCUGUUUGAAUCCAUGGAGCAAGAAGAAAGUAUCACGUCUGAGGAAGCACGAGAUGGCGAUGAGAGACAAGUUAAAUUCACUGAGAAAGGCCGAGUUCUAUUUCUGAAAAAUGCUGAGUAGAUGAGAAACAAAUUAUGGAAACAGGUUACCAAAUUAAUUGAGAAACAGAAGAAACUAAUGGAAUCAGCCAAGAACGUGAUCAAAGUGGAAUUUAAUAUGAGUCAACCACUUAACCUCUGCCAGGAGGUUCAAGAUGAACAUAAUGCACUGAUGGACUCAGAGCUAUCUCUGGAAGAACGUGAAAGACACACCCAGUGGUGGGAGCCAAGGGUGGGUAUAUUCAAUGAUUACAUGGAUGAUGCGGAGGAGUGGUUAUCUGAAAUGAUACCACAACUUACACGUUUAACAGCUGGAAGUGCGAUGCAACAAGGUGAUGGAAUGGUAGAUGAGAUUACACCACGAGAUAGUAUCUCGAAUGUAUCUACACGAAGAUCAGGACAUAAAUCUGGUUCUAUAGCCAGUUUGGUAUCAAGAGUUUCUGCUCAGUUGGGAGUUGAAGCUGAUCUAGCCGCUCUCUCAAUAGAAGCGGAUGCCUUGAAGAAGAAACAUGAGAUUGAGCAAGAGGAAGCAGAGAUUGAGCGACAAGAAGAACAGAUAGAGAAGAGGCGAUGAAAGGAGCAGAUGAGGCGAAGAAAUAAACAACUGGAACUAGACACAAAGAUAGCGGUGGUCAAAUCGAAGAAGGAGAUAUUGGAAAGAGGGUUCAAGAUGUAGCUCUAGAGCAUCGAAGACGAUGAACUCUGGACCAAGAGGAAAAACUGCUCCAAUUGAAUUGGCAGUUGGAUCAAUUCCACAAUCGAGGUCUACCGGAUUUCACGGCUUUGAAAACCCAUUGGAACAGAGUAAGAUGGGUAAAACGUCAUCUCAGCAAAUGGGUGCUAGAUCAAAACAAACUACUUAUGGAGCCACUGGGAGAGGCUUGGGACAAACCAAUAGCGGAUUUAAGCUGGGUA